GCGCCGAGAAUGGUAACCUCAAUAUCAGCCCAAGCAUGUUCUCGCAGUUCUACAACCUGGACCAGGGUGUCUUCCAGGGUGACUACAAGCUUGACUAGUUGAGAGUCGGCGGAGGCGCCGUUCGUGGCGUGUUGCCACCGCCUGCUUGCAAUGCAAUCCCAAACGUUUUGACUCGAGCACGCCUGUGUAGCACCGUGAGGCGUCCGGCAAUUUGCCUUCGCCGGCAUAAUGGUGGACACGGCGCUGGUCUACCGUCACGCGGGCUACCGUAGCCAAAUCGAUCUGCUUUUGCGUUGCGAGCGGCCCGCUUCUUCUAUUCGGUCGUCGUUAGCCGUUCAUGACGCUCUGUUCUGUCAGGGCUUCGAGGGUACAUCAUUCAUCUUGAAAGUUGAGCCUCCUCUUCCUCCUUCACCACAGCUACUGCCUGCCAUGCUCUCCCUUCGCUCCUCCCACCUUGUCGCCUUCAUCGGCAUGCUGCUCAUCCUCUGCUUGAUGGCUCAACCCUCGGUGUCCGCUCCCACUCCCACCAGUCUCGAGAGCCGAGGCAUCCCCUUCGGUGUGCAAUACAACAAGCGUGUGGCCUAUGCUGACUUCUCGACGGGUAUUACCGCCUGUGGGCAGCGACACGACAAGAGCUUGAACAGCAAGAACACGUUGGGCGUCGAUACCAAAUUCGGGAAGGGAACCUGGUGAGCACUACCACAGCGAUGUCUCUCGAUGGUGACUGGUGCUGCUCGCUGCCCUGUGGUCGCUGUCAGCGGUACGAAGGUCAAGAUCACCGCCCCCAACGGUCGCGUUCGCGUCGGCAUGGUUGUUGACCUGGGCGCCCAGAAUGGUGCCCUCAACCUUAGCCCUGCCCUGUUCAAGCAGUUUGAAAACCUCGAUCAGGGCACCUUCGAGGGCAAUUACGUCUUCAUCUGAGACUGAUUGCGACCCAAGCUGCCUUGGACAGCAGCUCUGGC